AUGAUCGGCAGUAGCACCAGCAGUAUCGUGGGGUGCAAGCCCUAUGUUUCAAACCAUCUAAGUCAAGCGGACACCGAAGAACUCAACGACGAAGUCCAAGAGACGUUUAUCCACCACAACCGAACAUACCAACGAUUCGCUGUCAACAGCAAUACCUAUUUCGCUCCAGUCGAUGAGGACGAGACGCUUCGUUUGCGAACCCAGCAGGAUGUCCUGUCUAUGGUGUUCGACGGGAGGUUGAUUUUCCCGCACAUACAAUCGUUGAGGCGAGUUCUCGACUGUGGAUUCGGAACAGGAUCGUGGGCAUUCCAGGUGGCCUGGGAGAAUCCGAACUGUGAGCAUACCUUCUGCAGGACGAUAUCCGAAUGGAAGAUGCCCUUGCUCUGGGAAGCACCUUCUGUCAUCAAGAUAUACCGGCCUGAUCCGUCCAUGCGAACUCGCGCAGGUGAAGGUACUCGAGGCAACAAGGUCCGCGGUAUUGACAUAAGUCCGCAUCACCACAAUCCUAAUGAGAGUGUCGACAAUCUAUAUCUCGACAUCGAUGACCUCAAUAUGCCGCUCAAUUUCCGGUCCAAUCACUUCGACCUGAUCAACAGCAGGCUAGUAGCGGGGGGUAUCAACAGUCAUCGGUGGACUGGAUACCUGCGCGACAUGUUUAAAUGCCUUCGCGCGGGUGGUUGGGUCCAGUUGGUCGAGAUUGACUUCAAUGCCCAGUCCGACAAUGGCACAUUGACAGAGAGUGAGUUCAGCUGCCUGUGUAUCCGCGGCAACGAUGCUCAAGAACUACCAGCUUCCGCCCUUCGGCAGUGGUCUCAGAUGUAUCUCCAGGCGAUGGAGCAGUGCAAGAACCCACGAGCACCUCGACGUCUCGGUAAUUGGCUGAGGAGCACGGGUUUCACCGAGGUCGACGAGCGAAUGAUUCCGAUACCAAUGUGUGGUUGGUCUGACAAUCAAAGGGAAUUGAAUAUCGGGACGGCGAACCAGGAGAACGUCCGAAUGUUGCUGUCCUCCCUAACGUUGUAUCCAUUUAGCCACUAUCUUGGUAUGUCGAUUACUGAGUUCCAUGUCUUGGUCGCCCAGGCAAGAGCAGAAGCUAGCAAUCCUGCACUGAAGCCGUACUUCCCAUUGUGA